CCCGGCAUCUGGUUUUGUUUGUCUUAAUAAACAUUUUUAUUUUUCGGAAAAAAAAAUUUUUAAAGUAAGCUCUAUGCCCAAGGUGGGACCCGAACUCACGACCCUGAGUUCAUGAGUUGCAUGGUGAGCUGACUGUGCCAGUCAGGCGCCCCUGUUUUUGUCUUUCAACUUUGGAGUUUGAGACCCUCUAGGCUGGACUCGACUCUACAUUGAAAAACACCACAAAAACAAAAACGUAAGAAAAGUGAUCUGUGAUCCCUGGUUCUCGUCCCAACAUUGCCGCAGACUGGCUGUGAAAUGCGUGCAAGUUCUCGAGUGAGCCGCUUGGAUCUGCAACAAAACUUUCAAAGCACUUUUCACAUCUGUUACCUCCGCGUGCAGGUUUCGCCGGUCGCAUUUGAUGAGGAGAAAACUGACCUCGGAGAAGGGAAGGGUCCUGCCUCAGCCGCUGGGACGGGCGGGGACACGCCCCGUGCGCUCUGCCGCCCAGCCAGCCCAGCUCCGACGACAGAGCCCUGCCGCUCCCGCCCGCGGCGCCGCCCUGCCCGGCCAGGCGGCCGGAGGGCAGCGGGCAGCGCAGGGCUCCGGCAGCCGCCGCCUGUCAAACCCUCCGCCCAGCCCCGCGCCCGGCCCUGCCCAGGCCCCCGGGCAAGGAGGCCCCGCCCUCGCGCCGCGAUUGGCCUCUGCGCGGCAGCCUCAGCGAGCCAGUGGCUGGAGCGGCUGUCGGGCAGGUCGGGGCCCCGCCCCCGCCCCGGGAUGCCGCCCCGCAGGACGCGGCGGCAGCGGCAGCUGCGGGGGCUGCGGCGCCAGUGGAGGCGCGCGGAGCCGUGCGCCCCGCGAGCUGCAGCCGCAGCGGCGAGAAGGCUGGUAUCGGUGGAGGCGGAUUUUGAGCGGGAGGGUGCACGAGCUUCGCGGAAUGCGCGGUGGCGGCGGGUGGCCGGGGCCCUCGACACACCCGAGAAGGAAGUGCGAGCCACUCCUGUGCCAGAAAGGGGCUUUUGCGGGAUCAGGAGCCCGGCGCGACCCCCAGCGGCGCGCCCUGCCCUGGCGCCAUGCACUGCGAGGUGGCGGAGGCGCACUCAGACAAGAGGCCGAAGGAGGCCCUCGGCGCUCCGGGCCCAGGCCGCGGGCCCACUGGCCUCGGCGGCACGCACAUGGCUUUCAGGGUCACCGUGAGCGGCGGCGGCUGCGUGGAUGGGGCCCCGCGUGACCUGCUGCCCCGGCCGCCUGUGCCGCCGCCGUGCGCCCACGACCUCCUCCGGCCGCGGAGCCCCCGAGACUACGGGCCGUCCAAGGCCGCCGCCACCGCCGCCGCCGGGAAGGUGAACGGGAGCUACGGCCACUGCACCCCAGGCUCAGACAAGAGCCUGCUGGACCUGGACCUUGCGGAGGGCCCCGGCCCCACCUGCCGCCAGGGCCUUUUUCUCCCUGCGGGCACCCCACCACCCCGGGGCCAGCCCCCAGCCUGCGAGAGGCUCCUGCAUUUCCCCCACCCUAGCAGGUCGCCCAGACCUCAGGCCACGUAUGUGAAUGGUGGCCUUCCAGCCACGCAGCACAUCAAGCAGGAGUCCCUGCCUGACUACCAGGCCAUGACAGAAGCUCGCACACCCUUGUCCACUCACUGCCGGGCCCCGCCAGCCACUGGCCUGCACACAGACCUGGACCUGCCGGGCCGAGGCCUCGCUAACCCCGCCCCUUCCUGCUACCUUCUGGGCUGCGAACCCAGCUCUGGCCUGGGCCCCCCGCCUGAGGCCCACCUCCCUGAGGGUAGCCUAAAGCGUUGCUGCCUCCUGGGCCUGCCCCCCACCUCCUCGGCCUCCUCCUCACCCUGCGCCUCCUCCGAUGUCACCUCCAUCAUCCGCUCUUCCCAGACAGCUCUGGUCACCUGCGUCAAUGGACUCCAGAGCCCCCCGCUGUCAGGAGAGCUGGGGGGGCCUCCCAAGCGGGCCCGGCCUGGCCCUGCGACCACGGAGAGCCACGAGGGUGGUUUGCAGCUGGAAGCCUGCCGGAAGGGGGGCUUCCUGAAGCAGGAGCCCGCGGACGAGUUCUCAGAUCUCUUUGGGCCGCCUCCCCAGCAAGGCCUGCCUCCCCCCUACCCCGCGCCUCAGUUGCCGCCCGGCUCGGGCCUUGGGGGCCUGGGGUUGGGCCUGGGCAGGGGGGCGGCAGGCAGGCAGGCCUGCCGGUGGGUGGACUGCUGUGCGGCCUACGAGCAGCAAGAGGAGCUGGUGCGGCACAUCGAGAAGAGCCACAUUGACCAGCGCAAGGGCGAGGACUUCACCUGCUUCUGGGCGGGCUGCGUGCGCCGCUACAAGCCCUUCAACGCCCGCUACAAGCUGCUCAUCCAUAUGAGGGUGCACUCGGGCGAGAAGCCCAACAAGUGCAUGUUUGAAGGCUGCAGCAAGGCCUUCUCGCGGCUGGAGAACCUCAAGAUCCACCUGCGGAGCCACACGGGCGAGAAGCCAUACCUGUGCCAGCACCCAGGCUGUCAGAAGGCCUUCAGCAACUCCAGCGACCGUGCCAAGCACCAGCGCACCCACCUUGACACGAAGCCCUACGCCUGUCAGAUCCCUGGGUGCUCGAAGCGCUACACGGACCCCAGCUCCCUCCGCAAGCACGUGAAGGCCCAUUCAGCCAAAGAGCAGCAGGCGCAUAAGAAGCUGCACGCAGGCCCUGAGCCCGAGGCCGACGUCCUGACCGAGUGUUUGGCCCUGCAGCAGCUCCAUGGGUCCACACAGCUGGCCGCCAGCGACAGGAAGGGGGGCCGCACCCUGGGCCAGGAGUUGCUCCCAGGCGUGUAUCCUGGCUCCAUCACCCCCCAUAACGGGCUCGCAUCGGGCAUCCUGCCCCCCAUGCACGAGGUCCCUUCCAGGCACCACCCCCUGGACGCCAGCACCAGUUCCCACCACCAUCUGUCCCCUCUGCCCACGGCUGAGAGCACCAGGGACGGGUUGGGACCCGGCCUCCUCUCCCCUAUGGUCAGCCCACUGAAGGGGCUCGGGCCACCACCGCUGCCACCAUCCUCUCAGAGCCAUUCUCCGGGGGGCCAGCCCUUCCCCACACUCCCCAGCAAGCCACCCUACCCGCCUUUCCAGAGCCCUCCACCCCCACCUCUGCCCAGUCCACAAGGGUACCAGGGCACUUUCCACUCCAUCCAGAAUUGCUUCCCCUAUGGCGACUGCUACCGGACGGCUGAGCCCGCAGCCGGUGGGGACGGUCUGGCCGGGGAAGCCCACGGUUUCAACCCUCUGCGGCCCAAUGGCUACCACGGCCUCAGUGCACCUUUACCUGCCACCGGCUACGAGGCCCUGGCCGAAGCCCCCUGCCCCACGGCACUGCCACCACAACCACCCGAAGACAUGGUGUCCAGUGGCCCCGAGGACUGCAGCUUCUUCCCCAACGGGCCCUUUGACCACUGCCUGAGUCACAUCCCGUCCAUCUACACGGACACCUGAAGGAAGGCCCCGGCCGCACCUGCACCCCCCCCCCCCCCCACCGCAGACACUACCUUGCCUGCUAGCUGUCCGUCCCCACCCUCUAUACACCCAGCCUGAGCCACCAGGCCGAAGCUCCCCACAGACUCGGGGUGGCCUGCGCUGGCCAGGGACGAUCCCCUGAGCCCGAUCUGGCUGCUCGGACAUGCCUGUCAGGAUCCGUGACCUGCGACGUUCCUCUGACUGUGUUUUCCUUUUCUCUCCCCAAUGGUUUUGAAAUCACAGACCUCGUGUAUAUAAAAUGUACAGAACUUGUUUUCCAUUCCCCUUCCAGUUUUAUAUUGUGGGUUUUUACAAGAAAAACAUUAAAAACUGGA